ACAGGUGAUAUGGAACAUGUGUUCUCAGAUAUAGAACAUAUGGUACUGAUUGUUGCAUGUUUAUGCCAUGAUCUUGAUCACAGGGGAACUAACAACACAUUUCAACAAAAGAUAGCUUCACCUCUGGCUCUCUUGUACACAACCUCAGUCAUGGAACAUCAUCACUUUGAUCACUGCAUCAUGAUACUUAAUAGUGAAAAUAACAACAUUUUCCAGUCCUUGUCUGCAGAUGAUUAUCAGUCUGUCCUGAAGAUGUUGGAGUCAGCAAUUCUAGCCACAGAUCUGGCACUUUACUUCAA